CUGAGAAUCACCUUGCCAUGGUCGACAAAGCACUCGCGUCUCUCCUUGCUGUGCUUCCCGCGUUCCUGCUCGCGCAUGCCUCGGCUCAACAGCACCCUCUGGCGAGCAGUCGUGCUGCUCAGCAAGCAUUCGCCAACGAGGUGAACUUCACUUCCGUCUUUGCGCCGGCCUCACCCGUCGACUCGAAGUCCGGACCCAUGCAUGGCUGGUCGAAGCAGUCAUGGAACGGCCUCACGAGCUAUGCAGGUGCGAAGCCCUUGAGAUGCUUUGGAGAUGAUAUAGAUGUCGCGUAUGAUGUUGCGGUGCUUGGUGCUCCGUUUGAUACUGCUACCAGCUACCGCCCUGGAGCGCGAUUUGGACCGAAUGGCAUCCGCCAGGGGUCGCGUCGUAUUAGAAUAGAGGGCAUCAAUGUCCCCAUGAAGCUUCGUAUCAGUGAUCACUUGGAUGUGGUCGACUGCGGUGAUGUCCCAAUGGUCUUUGUCGACAACAAAGUCGCGCUGCGUCAGCUAGAGAUUGCAAACUCCGCACUUCUGUCUCGCGAAUCACUGAGGUCAUCGUCCUAUCUAGCUUCGGGAGCAAAGAGCAUCGCGAAAGAUGGAAAGUUUCACCCACGCGUUCUCACUCUUGGAGGCGACCACACAAUCACUCUGCCUCUGCUUCGUGGUGUAGCGGAAGUGUACGGCCCUGUUAGCGUCAUUCACUUCGAUAGUCAUCUUGACACAUGGAAGCCUCGUACCUGGGAUGGCCCUGACAACCCUUGGCUCCCCGACGAGGAAAUUCCUGUCUCACAUGGCAGCUAUUUCUAUUACGCAUACCAGGAAGGGCUCAUGGCUGCGAAUCAGAGCAAUAUCCAUGUCGGUAUCCGCAACGCUCUUCAUGGCUGGGAAGAUGAGGAGAACGACGCCGAGGUCGGAUUCCAGAUCUCUUACGCUGAAGACAUCGAAGAGGUGGGCUACCAAGGGAUAGUCGACCGCAUCAAGGAGGUUGUUGGUGAAAAUCCCGUCUAUAUUACUCUCGACAUCGACGUUCUGGACCCGAGCUUCGCGCCAGCGACUGGAACCCCCGAGAUCGGUGGUUUCACUACUCGGGAAAUCAAGAAGAUUCUACACGGUCUCUCUGACCUCAAGAUCGUCGGCGCCGACAUUGUAGAAGUCGCACCAGGCUACGACACACAGGACGAAAUCACGCAAAUCGCCGCUGCGAACAUUGGCUGGGAGAUGCUCGCUCUCAUGGCGAAGACUCCAUUGACCGAUUAAGUACGCCUCGUUCGUACACAUCGAUGCGGAGCUUUCACACGCGGUCAUUCGAGGGCCGGUCGUACGAGGAGGGAAAUAAAGUAAAGGUCUGGGCAUCUUUAUCGUAACAUUGAUGCUCCUUGUGGUGUUCAACGCAAAUUAUCGCAAUAUAUGGUCUCUCUGCCUUUCGCAUCU